CCAUCUGAUGGGUUCCUUGUUGGUGGCUUCAGCCUGGUCGGUAUGGCUGCAACAGAAGGUUUGGAUAGCGUUUCGGCGAGCGUUGUGUCCCGACGGGAAAUAUACGAUUGUAAAUGCAUAUUUUGUAAAAUUGUCACCCAGGAGAUCAACACUGAAUUGUUGUAUCGUGAUGAAGAAUUGGUGUGUUUUAAAGACAUUAAGCCAGGAGCCCCUUAUCACUUUUUGGUUGUCCCAGCUGACCAUGUAGGCAACUGUAAGACACUCACACGUGAACACAUACCAUUAGUGGAAAAAAUGAUGGAAGUUGGAAAAAAGAUGCUGCACCAGAACAAUCUUACUGAUCCUAAUGAUAUCAGGUUGGGCUUCCACUGGCCCCCAUUCUGCUCCGUAGCUCAUUUGCAUCUCCAUGUUUUGGCUCCUGUGAGCCAGAUGGGAUUCAUGUCCAGAUUGUUUUAUAGAAUAAACUCUUACUGGUUUGUCACAGCUGAUCAGCUCAUAGAAAAGCUAAAUGCUCUUCCUGACGACAAUCAGAUAAAAUGAAAUUGAAAGAUAUUGGAGCCUGUUUGGAUUUGAACAGCAGUGCUUUCAGGGAGUUUGCAGUCAUCUUGAAAUUGAUCAUUACUGUACACAAGAAUCCCACAAGAAUCCUUUUUUCAUUUCCAUUUUUAUAUUUCCGAAUGAUGGAGAAGAAUCUCCAGAUUGAGAUUCAAAAUAUGGCCAUUCAACAUCCUAAUCUCUGACUUACUGUCUUGUUUUGAUACAAUAGACAUGCCCACUUUAUGGCAGCUCUCACUGCUAUUACAUAAACAAGUUGGAGAAAUAAAUGAAAUUUAUGAGUAGCUCUUACUUAUUGUCACAUAAAUAUAUCAAGAUGUUCAUCAGAAAGUUUUAGGCAAACAACGUGGUGUUUCAAAUAUUCAAUGACUUUAGACAUAAGCAAUCAUUUUCAUUGGGCAUUGAUUUUGUUUAUAGACUGGAUUUGUCAGUGAAUAAUAGCUUGGUUUGACCUGUGAAUCCAGUGCUUAUUAUGGCUGUCAAGGAAGAGAUCUGUGAACAUAUGUGAGGAUGCAGUUGAUUCAAGUAUUGACUAAUUUUUCAGAUUAUAGUUUUGGUUCUUAGUAAUUUUGAUAUUUUGUAUAAAUUAGUAAUUUUAUAAGUUCUGUAUAUUAAUUUAUUAAAUAUUUUGAAGAGCUAAUGUUUGGCUAAUUAUGCAAACUAAGCACUUCUAAAUACAGUAUACUAUUGCAAUUUGAAUUAUUUAUAUUUGUAAAUAAUGUAAUAACAAUCUCAAAUGUUUAAUUUUAACCAACUGUAUUCAGACUCUAUCAAAAUGGGUGUAUAAAACAGUUUGCUGUAUAUUCUGUGCAUGAAACCAUUAUAAUGAGCUUGUGAUAAUAAAAAUUACUUUUGUUUGUAUAGUA